AUUUAAAGGAUUAGCCUGCUAGGUUACACACAGUGUUUAUGUCGGAAACAUACAGGACAGGCAGACAUGAAUUUUGUACAGCUAACAUUUGUAUUCUGUCUGCAACUGAUGCAUCUAUUUUCUAAUGUAUCAGGAAAGUUGGGAGUAGAGGAUGGAUGUAGAGAGGGUACGACAGGAGGACCAGUGUGCAGUCAGCUGUGUACAGAUAAUACAGAACAGCGUACAUGUUCUUGUAUAACUGGAUAUGUGCUGACAGAUGACAACAGGACAUGCGUUGUUACAGGAGAGGAGCCACUGUUAGUGCUGGUGUCCGGUAAGGAGGUCAGUGUUUAUUAUACAGAGACAGAGGAUGUUGAGACAUUGACACAGUUGCCAGAUAGUCAGAUCACCGCUAUAGGUUUUGGUCCAUUUAACAGUGUGUUGAUUGCAGCAAACAAUGGAAAAGUUGUGUACAGAACAAAGCUUGAUGGUAGUAAUAACCAGAGAGAACCCCUAGCCACCAUUGAUACAGGUGUUGAGAAUGUUACCAGUGUGGCAGUUGACUGGGUUACGUCUAAUAUAUACAUGGUAGACAGUGCAGCAGGAACAAUUGUAGUGUGUUCAUGGAAGGGAGAUAACUGUGCAGUAUUAGUCAGUGACUUAAAUUGUCCAUAUUCAGUCUUGGUGAAUGUAAAAUCAAGAAAGCUGCUAUGGUCAGAAUGGGGUUCUGAAGGUCAGGCUGGUUCCAUACACUCCACAGAUCUGGAUGGUUCCCAACCCACAUUGUUUGUAGACAAUCUGAACAGGCCACAAAACUUGGUACUAGAUGAAACAGUUGGAGCACUAUUUUGGGUAGCAAGAUCUGAAAGUACUUAUAUAAUUCAGUCCUUGAAACAGAAUAGUGGACACAAAAAGUUCCUACAGCUGUAUGGAAGUGGGUCUGCUGCUCCCAGUCUGUGUGUGCUGGCUGACUACCUGUGUGGAUCUGCUGCUCCCAGUCUAUCUGUGCUGGCCGACUACCUCUAUGUAACAACCAGAAAUAGCACAGUCCUUAUAAACAAGUUCACAGGUGAUGUGGGGAUGACACUUGGUACAGGAAAUGUUACUGCAGCAUCCUUAUAUCAUCCUGUCCUGUAUGAUAGACCUUCGCAAGUAAAUCCUUGUGAUACAUCACCGUGCAGUCAUCUGUGUGUACCUAGCAACAAUAACCAUGGUUACAGAUGUCUGUGUCCUGUUGAUAUGGAGCUGGUUACAGAACAGAACUGUUCAAGGAAAGAGAACGUAGAGAGGCUGUUGGUUUCUGGGAUCACUGGUAUAUAUGAAGUUCCUACAGAAUUCAUUGGUAACCAUGGUUAUCAAGGUCACAGACUACUAAAUGCAGAUGUGAGCUGUAUGGUGUAUAAUGGUGUAGAAGAGAGAAUUUUCUACUAUGAUGAUACACAGAAAGCAUUACAGAUGCUGCAGUUGCAUCACUCUCAGUAAGUUUAUACAUAAGAG